CACAUAGCUUGGGAAAGGGAAAAAAAUCUGCCAUGGCUGACGAGCAGAGAAACUGGCUUCUCUUUAUGGUGUUAUUUUCUUGUUUAGUAUAUUCCGCGUAUUCUUACCAGUUCGUGGUGGGAGGUAAAGAUGGAUGGGUCGUGAAUCCUUCAGAAAACUACAAUCAGUGGUCUUCGAGGAUGCGCUUUCAAGUUAAUGACACUCUUCUGUUCAAAUACAAGAGCGGAUCGGAUUCGGUGUUGGUGGUGAACAAAGGAGACUACGACAGCUGCAAUGUCGCGAAUCCUCUGCUCAAACUCGACGACGGGAAUUCAGUCUUCAAAUUCGACCGCUCUGGUCCAUUCUACUUCAUCAGCGGCAACAAGGCUAAUUGUGAUCAGGGCCAGAAGCUAAUCGUCGUCGUUUUAGCCAUCAGGACUCCGCCCGCAGGGAAAGGUGGAGCUCCAGUGCCACCUGGCUCUCCGGGCCAUCCCGGUGGAGGAGCUCCAGUGCCAGCUGGCUCUCCGUCAUCGCCGGGCCAUCCCGGUGGAGGAGCUCCAGUGCCACCUGGCUCUCCGUCAUCGCCGGGCCAACAUGGUGGAGGAGCUCCAGUGCCAGCUGGCUCUCCGUCAUCGCCGGGCCAUCCUGGUGGUGGAGUUCCAGUGCCACCUGGCUCUCCGUCAUCGCCGGGCCAACAUGGUGGAGGAGCUCUAGUGCCAGCCGGCUCUCCGUCAUCGAAAGGCCAUCCUGGUGGAGGAGCUCCGGUGCCACCUGGCUCUCCAUCAUCGCCAGGCCAUCCUGGUGGAGGAGGUCCAGUGCCAGCUGGUUCUCCGUCAGGCAAUCCUGGUGGCACUGGAACUCCGGUGCCAGCUGGCUCUCCACCAUCGUCGGGCCAUCCUGGUGGAGGAGCUCCAGUGCCAGCUGGUUCUCCGUCAUCGACAGGCAAUCCUGGUGGCACUGGAACUCCGGUGCCAGCUGGCUCUCCGUUGUCGCCGGGCCAGCCUGGUGGAGCUCCGGUGCCAGCUGGCUCUCCCGGAUCUCCGUCAGGAGCGCCUUCUCCGGGGGGUUCCGGAUCAGGGAUUGGGCCGGCUCCGGCAAGUGAUUUACCGGGAUCACCUUCCUCGUCGACGACGCCAGGAUCACCGGGUUCUUCUGUGCCGGGAGCGCCUGGCUCCACGACGCCGGGAUCACCGGGUUCUUCUAUGCCGGGAGCGCCUGGCUCCUCGACACCGGGAAGUGGGACGCCGGCGGACGCUAAUUCACCUCCGGGGUCGUUAUCGGCGCCACCGUGCAGUGGUUCGGUUUUGCUAAUGACAGUGUUGAGUUUGGGUGUGGGCACAUUGAUAUUUUCACCCUAAAUAUUUAGUUUUGUCAUUGGAUUAUGAUUAUUAUUGUUGCUCUUAUUUGUUUGUGAUUCCGUCGAGUAUUUGUGUAUGAGAGCAUUUGUGUAUAUUGGGAUGCUUGUUAUUGUUCCUCUUAUUUGUCUGUGAUUCGUGCCAAUUUAUUUAUGAUAGAGUAUUUGUACAGUGAA